UUCAGAAUCUGAAUAUUGGAAAUGAGACCCCCUUGUCCAAAAAUGAUAUUCUAAGCUCCCUUAUUGUGACGUUUGGAUUAGCUCAAUUACAGGGUCAUCAACUGAGCUUAACCCUUCUAUAAAGAUAACUCUGUAACUCCACUUCCAAGCCCACAAGCAGCCUGCAAUUUCAAAAUGGUUCUUCCAAUUUCGUCCCUUCUCCCAAUACUCCUCAUCCUUGUCCUCUCCCCUUCCUCUAUUCUUUCAUUCCCAAUUCAAGAUAGUUUUGUCCGAUGUCUUGCUCUCCAUUCUCCAACUGUCAUUCCUUUCUCCACCGCCUUGUACACUCCAAACAAUUCUUCUUUCAUUUCCUUUUUAGAGUCUUCCGCUCAAAAUCUCAGGUACCUGUUGCCUUCUGUACCAAAGCCUGAAUUUAUCUUCACUCCCUUGCAUGAAACCCACAUCCAGGCUGCUGUUAUCUGCUCAAAACAGCUUCGGAUUCACCUCAGAGUCCGCAGUGGAGGCCAUGACUAUGAGGGUGUUUCUUAUGCUUCUGAAAUUGAAACACCUUUCAUCGUUGUUGACCUUUCAAAGCUUCGUUCUGUUACUGUUGAUAUUGAACAUAACAGCGCAUGGGUUCAGGCUGGUGCCACAGUUGGUGAAGCUUACUAUAGAAUUGCUGAAAAAAGCAAAGUUCAUGGCUUCCCUGCUGGUCUUUGCUCCAGUUUAGGGAUUGGUGGGCAUAUAACAGGAGGUGCUUAUGGUUCCAUGAUGAGAAAGUAUGGUCUUGGUGCUGAUAAUGUCAUCGACGCUCGUAUAGUUGAUGUUAAUGGCAGAGUUCUUGAUCGACAAGCCAUGGGAGAAGAUCUCUUUUGGGCUAUUAGAGGAGGCGGAGGAGGUAGCUUUGGAAUCAUUGUGUCUUGGAAACUAAAAUUGGUUCCUGUACCCGCAACCGUAACAGUUUUCACACUUACCAAGACAUUGGAACAAGGUGCCACUUCAAUCCUUUACCGGUGGCAGCAAGUUGCCGAUAAACUCGAUGAGGAUCUCUUCAUCAGAGUCCUCAUACAAACGGCAACCAUAGGCAACAGUACUCAAAGAACGGUAACAACUUCCUACAACGCCCUGUUUCUUGGAGAUGCAAACAGACUCCUACGGGUGGUGCAAACCAGCCUUCCUGAAUUGGGUUUGACAAGAAAAGAUUGCACAGAAACAAGCUGGAUCCGAUCGGUGCUAUACAUCGCCGGCUAUCCAAGCACUACACCUCCAGAAUUUUUACUUCAGGGAAAGUCUCUAUUCAAGAAGAACUACUUCAAGGCCAAAUCAGAUUUUGUUAGAAAACCCAUUCCUAAAACGGGAUUGGAGGGACUCUGGAAAAGGUUUUUAGAAGAAGAAAGUCCAUUUAUGAUAUGGAAUCCUUAUGGAGGAAUGAUGAGCAAAAUUUCAGAAUCAGAAACUCCAUUCCCUCACAGAAAGGGGACUUUGUUCAAGAUCCAGUAUUUGUCAGGCUGGGUAGAUGGGGAAAAGAGUACAGAGAAGCAUUUGGAUUGGAUUAGGAAGCUUUACAACUACAUGACACCAUAUGUAUCCAUGUUUCCGAGAGCUGCAUAUGUGAAUUACAGGGACCUGGAUUUGGGCAUGAACAAGAAGACAAACACUAGCUUCAUGGAAGCCGCUGCUUGGGGGAACAAGUACUUUAAGCACAAUUUCAACAGAUUGGUAAGAGUGAAGACCAAAGUUGAUCCAGAAAACUUUUUCAGACAUGAACAGAGCAUCCCACCUCUUCCUAUUUCUGUGAGAAGAAGAAGAUGAAGUUGAAAAUUUAUUUGAAAUAAAUUUCUAUGAGAGUUUUUUUUUAUGUUGAAAUAAAAGAAGAAUAAGUAGAUUGAUUCCCAGAAGCCAUCAAAUUAUGAAGAAAAGUAGCAAACGAAACGCGAUAAGAAAGAACACGGCAAGAGUAUGGCUUUAAAACAUCUUCAUUUCUUAAGUUCUACUUUGGAAAGUCACAGGCUCUGCAGCAAACAGAGUGAGUGUCUUUCAAAAAGGGACUAAUUGUGAAUCCGAAGUACCACUUUGGAGGAGCCCAUAUCAAUUUUGUUUAAUUGUUUGCUUUUUUAAAAGGCUAUCACAUGACAGCUCUUCAUCCGUCAACUGAAAAUUCCUCUAAUAAAGGACCGGAUCUCACUAUCUUCGGCCA